AUGAACCACACUGACGCGGCGAGCAGGGGGGAGUACGAGGCCCUGGUGGAAGGGGUAGACCCGAUGGGCAGUAGAAGAAUAGACGCACACGAGUUGAGCAACAUUUACGGAAAUGACAUCACGUCUGGCAGGGUAAACAUGGGGGAAAGCCCAACUGAGCAAGUACCACUAGGCACGCCCCUAACAUACAUGGUUGGAAAUGGAGGCGAACAUAUUGUAGGAAGUCAUCUGGAAGGACGUCACACAAAAUAUGACCACGCUCAGGGGAGUAGAAGAACGCACACAGAUCAUAAAUACACUGCGUACUUUUUUGCCUACAUGUUAGUCCUCUCCAUCUGUAUGAUUUGUUACCUCUACCAUGGAGACUAUGCGCGCAUUUUAUAUGGGACCAACUACAAUGGGAAAAUCUGUGGAAAGGAUAUGAAGAAGCACUCAUAUUUGUACUUUCCCUUGUCUCCUAAAUUGUCCAAAAUGGAAAUACUGAGCAAAUAUGGGAAGUGUUUGGAGUCUUGUCCCACAUCGGAUGAGGCGAAUAAAAUGAAGAAGGAAAAAGAUGGAGAAAGGACAAACCGUAGUGACAAUGCAGAGAUGAAAGAAAAGGCACCUUAUCUUGAUAACCCUCUUUUUAACACGUCAUCCUCAUCGUACACUUCCCUUUUUGUAAAAAAAAAACCAAAACAAAUUAUAGACAAACAGGGAAACAAAGCAACCAACGUGGUAUACAGCGAUUACACAAAAAGUACCAACAACAAUUUGUACGUAGAAUAUUCUCUGAUUUCCCCCUAUUAUGAUACGAUUAAUAUUAUGAACAUAUGCUAUCCAUUGGAUAAGGGGUUACGAGAGAAGGUGGUAAAUGUAAUAUUUACAGAUAGGUACAAGGUGUUUGUUAAUUUAUUUUCCUUUAACAAUUCGUUCGUUUAUAUAUUUGUUUUUAUUGUUCUUUCUCUUUUUUUGUGUGUUCUUUACUUGUGUUGUAUGUAUUACUUGUCUUCCCUCAGUCUACAUUUAGCGCUGUUUCUUUUCAGCUUUUCCAUGUUAUUUUAUCCAGUAUACUUUAUUCACAAGCAUUUGUUUCUCCUGUUUCAUCCCAUUAAGGGAGCCUUUUUUUCGUAUCACUACUUAGUGUCAAUUUUUGUGUGCUUUGGUUUGCUAGCUCAUGGAGUUAUCUUCCUCUUCGUCUUGUACUUGUACAGAAAUACAUAUAAGUACACACACAGGUUAAUUACCAUCACUUUGGACUUCGUCAGUAGUAUGUCCAAUUUGCUUUACUCGCCUUGCAUCGUUUCGGCGGCUUCGCUUGCCUGGUUUUUUCUCUGGAUGUAUGGAUACAUUUAUGUGAUGACUGCCGGGACGCUUCACGAGCAGAGGCUAAACUUGGAACUGGACUCGAAUGGAAACAGCGAGAUUGUAUCCCUGCAGAAGGUCUUCCACUACUUCAGGAGCUCGUAUAUCUUUUCCAUAUUCUGGAUAUACACCUACUUCUUCGUGUGUGAAAUCCUGCAGUCCCUCAACCAGUUCACCAUAAGUUAUUUAGGGGCCGUCUGGUACUUCUGUGACAAGGAUAGCGUCAACUACAAGCUCAGCGCCCAAGCGACUAUGAAGACAAUACUGAAUUACCACUUGGGCAGUUUGAUCCUAUCGAGCUUUAUCAACCUAUGGACAAAGUACCUGCGUGUGCUGUUCUUUUGGGCGAACAGCACUCUGUCCCUUCCCUUCUUCGAUAGCGAGUCGAUUUACAAGUUGAAGGAGCGGUUCGCUCUCUUCUUAAGACCCAUUUCGCAUUUAAUUGACACGCACACGAUGGCUGCAUAUUGCGAGAUUUCCAUGACGUCGUACCCAUACCGACUCGCCUGCAGCACGUCGUCCAAAAAGUUAAUAAACUCGACUUCGCCAGCGGCAUCCUUGCAUGGGAUAACCUACAUUGUUAACAUCCUAUUCCCGUGUCUGACAACCCUAGGGGUGACAUUUCUCUCAUUCACCAUUUUCAACAACUUUGACCGAUACGGCAAUUUGCUCUCCCCCAGUUUUGUCCCCAACCCGUUUUUUGCGGCACUCACGAUUGGAGUGCUGUGCGGGAUGAUAACCUCCCACUUCAUCACCACGGUGUCUACCCUCACGGAUACCAUCCUCUACUGCUUUAUAUGCGAGUGCUACCAGAAGCAGAUGAUCGAUGAGAACCCACUGAGGACAGUAUUCACUCCGCCCCUCUUGAAGGAGUUAAUUCUGGAGAUAUAUCAAGAGUAUAGCGCUCGUCCGUGA